CUACCGGCAGUUGACAGUCGGAUACUUGUUCUUCCUCCAUAUUUUCCUCCGCCUUUCUACGAUACAACACACAACUUUUGCCCCAGUUAAAUGUGUCAUUGUCUAUCCUCUCAUAUUCAGUUGGAAAUCUAGAUAAUAUAAGAACGCGAGCGAGGAUUCUGUUAGUUUGAACAUCAGUCUCUGCUCGUGGUGGGACUGUAUUUCACGAUGUCGGAUGUAACGCUACAGAAAAGCUGUCUUCGGGGUCUGGCCAAAGGCGACCUCAUGGACCCUGAGUACCAGCAGCGUGUAGAGGAUGCAAUUGCACUUCUCCGGCAGGAGAUCCAGCGGGAACUGAAAAUCAAAGAGGCAGCUGAGCGGCUGCGACGGGCGGUGACCAACCGUAAGAGUGCGGCCGAAGUCGAUGGUCAGCUUCGAGCCUCCAGCCGCAAGCUGGAGCAGCUCCACUGGGAACUCCAGGAAAUGAACGCCCGUGCUAUGUCCACACAGAAAGAAACUGUGACAGAUGAUGCUACCUCUCCAGACCCAUGUCACUGGGAAGAGACCACAUCACCCCUGGCCAGCCAUGUCCAUACCUUGAAGAAACAGCUUACCAUGGAGCUCAAAGUGAAACAAGGGGCUGAAAACAUCAUCCAGACUUAUACCAACAGUUCUGUCAAGGAUCGGAAGAUGUUGUCCACCGCCCAGCAGAUGCUGCAGGAUAGCAGGACGAAAAUCGAGCUGCUCCGCAUGCAGAUCGUCAAAGUCACCCAGGCCAGAGAGGGAGAGCGAGAGACCACACAGCCAGAGAGUCGCCCCUCUGAGACAAUUAGUCCCCUUGAGCUGCGUAUGGAGGAGCUCAGGCACCAUCUGAGGAUCGAAGCAGCUGUAGCAGAAGGUGCCAAAAACGUGGUCAAGCAGCUGGGUGUACACAAAGUGCAGGACAGACGUGCUUUAGCUGAGGCUCAGGCCUGUUUGCAGGAGUCCUCACAGAAACUGGACCUGUUGCGUUUGUCUCUGGAGCAGCGGCUUGGAGAACUUCCACAUGACCAUCCUAAACGAGCUGCCAUUAAAGAGGAGCUGACAGUUGGCUCCUCACCUGUUGUAGGGUUACAGAAAGAUCGCAUGUGCUCUUCGUCUUCAGCAUCCUCUUCACUCUUCAAACCAGCCAGCCUGACAGGGCGACUGGAGGUCAGGCUGAUGGGUUGUCAGGACCUGCUGGAGUCAGUUCCAGGUCGCUGUUGGGUGAGCAACAUGUCUUCCGCCCCUGGGAGUCCCUCUGAGUCAAAAUCAAUGAAGAUGAGAGCUGGACUUUCCACCCGCAGCACCAACGGAAAGACCACCAAGACAGAUGAACUCUCCUCUGAGAUCAGCGCCGUAUUGAAGGUGGAUAAUAAGAUAGUUGGUCGCACGUAUUGGCGGCCGCUGAGUAAAGAGGCCUGGGAUCAAAGCUUCAGCAUCGAGCUUGAGCGGUCUCGUGAGCUGGAGAUUGCAGUGUACUGGCGAGACUGGAGAUCUUUGUGUGCUGUUAAGUUCCUGCGUUUGGAAGACUUCUUAGACAACCAGCGGCACGGCAUGUGCCUUUACCUAGAGCCACAGGGCACACUGUUCACUGAGGUGAGAUUCAUCAACCCUGUCAUCGAGCGGCAUCCUAAACUACAAAGACAGAAACGAAUUUUCCCCAAAGAAAAAGGGAAGAAUUUCCUGCGGGCGGCACAGAUGAACAUGAACUUUGCCACAUGGGGACGUCUGAUGAUGAGCGUGCUGCCCCCCUGCAACAGCACUGUCACCGCCCUGAGCCCCCCGCUGCCAUGCUCGGAGCCCAUGUCCCUUCCAUCUGCAUCCACACCCCCUUCCUCUGGAGACACAGCAGUUGUUAAACUGAAUUUCAGUGAGGAGCGUGCCGCCAAGCCACCUCGCCUCAACAUGGCAAAGACCCCCACAAAUUACACAUCACUUUCUACUCCUGGCAGAGAGAAUUCCUUUGAGGACCAAGUUCUCAAAGGCAGGUCUUUGUCCCAGUCUACACCCAAGAAAGAGGGUAUGCAGAUGGAAGACUUUAACUGCAUUUCUGUUUUAGGAAGAGGGCAUUUCGGAAAGGUCCUUCUGGCUGAGUUCAAGAGGACUAGGAAACUGUAUGCAAUCAAAGCCCUGAAGAAAGGGGAUGUUGUUACCCGGGAUGAAGUGGACAGUUUAAUGUGUGAAAAGAGAAUUUUUGAGACCAUCAACACAUCCUGCCAUCCCUUCCUGGUGAACCUUUAUGGGUGCUUCCAGACUCCUGAUCAUGUGUGCUUUGUGAUGGAGUAUUCACCUGGAGGAGACCUGAUGACCCACAUCCACAGCAGCAUCUUCUCUGAACGGCAGGCUAGGUUUUAUACUGCCUGUGUAUUACUGGGCCUAGAGUUUUUGCACCUGAACAAAAUUGUGUAUAGGGACCUAAAGCUUGACAAUCUGUUGAUGGAUUCUGAUGGCUUUGUGAGAAUUGCAGAUUUUGGACUUUGUAAAGAAGGUAUGGGACAUGGCGAUCGUACAUCAACCUUUUGUGGCACGCCAGAGUUCCUGGCCCCAGAGGUUUUGACGGCAAAUAACUAUACCCGAGCAGUGGACUGGUGGGGUCUGGGUGUGCUCAUCUAUGAGAUGCUAGUUGGAGAGUCUCCAUUCCCUGGUGAUGAUGAGGAGGAAGUGUUUGACAGCAUAGUGAAUGAUGAAGUGCGUUACCCCAGGUUUUUGUCCCCUGAGUCAGUCUCUAUUAUCCAAAAGUUGCUGCAAAAGAACCCUGAAAGAAGACUGGGAGCAGGAGAGCAAGAUGCCAAUGAAGUGAAGAAACACAGGUUCUUCCAGGGCAUAGACUGGGAAGCCCUGUUGGCCAAAAGAGUCAAACCUCCUUUCCUGCCAUCAAUUAAAGCCCCAGCGGAUGUCAGUAACUUUGACGAGGAGUUCACACGCCUGAAGCCCAUCCUGACCCCUCCUCAGACACCAUUCUUCCUCACGGCUGAGCAGCAGGAGGUCUUUGCAGACUUUGACUUUUCGAUGCUGCACUGACUUCCACUUGAUUAAACUUGGAGGAGUGACAUCAAAUCUCUACCCUCUUUUCACUCUGUCUUCUUUAGGCAAUUACUCUCUCUCUCUCCCUUCCUCCCUGCAGUUAUGCAGUCAAAUCAAGUGAAGCUGUCCCCAUGUUACCCUUUAAAAGCUGUUGUAUGCUUUUUGUGAAACUGGCUGCAGAUGUGUGCUUAAGCUCCAAAGACAGUCCAGACCACCGCUGGACUUUAAAAACCAAGAAAAAAAAGUGCAAAAAGCCACGACCAGAACACUGCGACUGUCUCUGAGCACGAGAGGGUUCAGUCACCACUGUGAGUAAGCUCAGUUCUGCUGAGCUUUUAACUGCCCAUCACUGUCCUGGGUAUGUCUUCAUACAUGCAGUUAAAUGUACAAAAUGCUAUUUUUUUGGGACAUGUGUUUUAAGCCUCAGACCCGUUGUUUGCAAUAAUGUAAUGUAUCAGAAGGUUUUUUUUGUUUUUAAUCAGUUGCAGUCUGUUCAGCUGUUUAAAGAAACAGUCUUUCUGUUACAAUUAACUAUGAUGCCAAAAUAUACUUGAACUGUUACCAAAUGCUGUUUUCUUUUAGCUCGGUUUUUAAGGAGUUCUGAACGAUAAAAACGGCUAAAGAAUCCAAAGCUCCUUAAGUUCUACACUGUAACUAUCAGAGUGUGUACUUAGUGUUAGAUCAUACAAUUUUUUCCAUGCUAAGUCUAUGUGAUGUAUGUUUAUGUUAAACCCUCACAUUUGUGUGAAUUGGAAGAUUUUGAUCUCUGGUUGUCCCUAAUCUGGGUUUGAUUUAGGAUUGGUGCCCCAGAUAACUGUUGCUUGAUGAUUUUUGAACCAGUUCAACCUUUACAAAUCCAACUCUUUAAGAUGUUUUGAGACCGUUCAGCUUUAAAUGGCAGCUUGUGCAUUACGCUCUAUCAUGCCUUUCUCUGUAUAGAUCUCCUUGGGAUAAAUGUGCAUCAAGACUGUUGAAUAAGGCUAACCAUAUUCUACUCUAUGUAUUAGCAUGAUAAGGUUAGCAAUUCUACUCACUAAGAUGACAUUUACAGUAAAACUGUUUUUGCUCUCUGAAAUGUACAUCAUGAUUCAUAGAAGCUAAUUAAGUGCUGUAUAUCCAAAUUGUUCAUUCUUUAAUGUGUUUGUCUCUAUUUAUGUUACUUUUGAGUACAUCAGACCAUAAUUGUUUCAUUGCUAAUGUGAUUUACUACUGAUAAAUUACACUGUGAUCAAAAAAAGACACUAAAAUAUUUGCCAUU